GAGGACCGUUAGGCGACCACGUGACUGCGUGCAGGGAUACGGCCGAAGCGGCGACUCCGAGGGUUGGUGACUUCAACGCUACUUACCGACCUCCAUCCCCGGUGCGGUCUUCUCUCCUGGCCAGCGAGCAGCAGCUCGCUCGGUCUCCUGAAUCCGGCGUACCCCACCCAACAUGGCUUCCUCGAGCAGAGCGCACGAAAAGAAACGCGAACGACCAGCGCCGGUGGAUACCGCCCCCACAUCGGUCUCGACCACCAGUAAGCUAGACGUGGUAUCCAGAGCAAUCAUGGCACCGUUCACACAUAGGAAGCAUGACUCGACCAAGGUGCUCGCAGACCUGGCCCCCGUCAUCAUGACCCCUCGCAUGAUCAACGCUGCGACCGUGUCCGGGAAGCCACGCGCAUCCGUCGGAGGGUCGAGUGCACGCAUGGACUUUGCGACGCUCGGGCGUGCGCCCAUGCAGCUUACGCUCGGCAGGCGGCGGGUCACCUCGCGCGACCUGGCGAUUGUCGAAGCCGCGGAGGAGCUCCUGAACGAAGAGGUCCCGGAGCCGGAUGGCGUCGCGCAGAAUGUCAGUCUGUUGCGAGGGUUCAACGCGACAAUACCUAGCGCAGACAAGAGUCGGGCGCGGCGGAGACAGACACGUAAUGUGGAGACUCCACGGCUGGGCCUCAAGAGGCUAGGGAUGAGUGCGCGAGGCUUGUUAGGCGACGAGGAGGAUCAUGAAGGAGAAAGUGUGGCCAGUGAGGAGGACAUGGUGAUGAUCGGGAACACGGUGGGACGCGGGCGUAAAAGUAAAGCAAGACGGAGAGGCAGGGAAAGUCUGAGUGCAGGGAAGACGUUCGGGAGAGAUGAGUUGGUACGACAAACGCAGGAGAUCGAGCGUGACAAGGAGAACAUUCACGUCCGAAGAGCACUCGUGAACAGCGAAAUUGCGGAGAUAACCCACAAGAUCGAGACACUGGACGCGAUGCGGGCAAAGCUGGAGCAGGACUUGCUAAGGCUACAAGAAGACGAGCUUGAGCUUGAUGAUGAACUCGAGGGCGUGAGGGAGAGACUUGAGCUCGAGACAAGUCGCACUCGCGGAGUUCAUGCAGAUCAUGUAGUGCAGAGUUCACGCAGACGGAAAGGUCUCACCUUCCUACCCUCAGAACAUGACGAGCUGCCACCAGGGGUGGCAUUCAUGACGCUCGAGAGCCACACAACGCCAAUCACCGCUCUAGACUUCUCGGAACCGUACGGCACGCUAGUGACCGCAUCGCAAGAGGACUCGCAGCCGCGCGUCUGGGACUUGCUCACGGGCGAGGAAAUCGGGCGGCUGCGCGGGCACCAGGGCACGGUGAAGUGCAUGCAAGUCGAGGACCAAGUCUGCCUGACGGGCAGCGAGGACGGGACGGUGCGGGUGUGGGACCUGCGGCGCGUCGACGAGGACGAGGACUGGGAGGGCGAGACAUUCAGCCUAAGCGACGUCGCGGAGGAGGACGAGAGCCAUGACGGCGCUGAGUCCCAUACGAACGGUGUCCGGUCGGUCUCGAGCAAGCCAUCGAGCGUGGCGGAGCGCGAGGGACCAUGCAUCCGGUUGCUGGAGGGCCAUACCAAGACCGUGUCUGCACUGUACUUCGAGGAUGAGUGCCUUGUCACUGGUGCGUCUGACAAGACGAUGCGGCAGUGGGAUCUGAACACGGGCCAAUGCGUCAUGACCAUGGACAUCCUCUGGGCGAUCUCGCACCCGCCUGUGACGACGCCCGGGAGUGCAAUUCCCAGCCACUUGUUCGCUGGGGCAGCUGCAGCUGCAGGGACGUUCGCUGUGCCGACACCUCCGUACGCGGAUGGGAGCUGGGAUAUGUACCAGGACUUCGUCGGCGCCGUGCAGUUCUGGGGCUACGCGCUUGUGAGCGGGAGUGGGGAUGGGGCGGUUCGUAUGUGGGACAUGCGGACUGGCCAGCCUCACCGCACGCUCCUAGGCCAUACGGGACCGGUUACGUGCCUGCAGUUCGACGAGCUGCAUGUAGUCAGCGGUAGCUUAGACAAGUCCGUUCGCAUAUGGGACUGCGUACCGGAGGUAUCUUCGAGACGCUCAAGUACGAUCAUGCUGUCACCGCGCUGCAGUUCGACACGCGCAAGAUCGUGGCCGCCGCGGGCGAGAACGGCGUCAAGAUUUAUAACCGCACGAGCAUGCAACACUCCUCGCUCAACACGAACGGCCACACAAAACCGGUCGAGCGGUUGCGCUACAUGGACCGGUACCUCGUCUCCGGCGCGCGCGACAGCACCGUCAAGGUCUGGGCUCUAUGACACGUCUUGGCCGUGAAUGUCUUCAUGCAGAUACGAUAGCGGUAGAUUCAUGACAUGCAAUACGGACCCCCCAGAUUUAAUUGCUUUAUCAAGUGUAGCAUACAUACAGCGUAUUUCUCGGUCGUCCAUGCAAUAGAACGUUAUAUAGGCCCUGGGAAGGCUCUGAUAUCCUAGCUUCCGCGGUGUGACAUGAGUCGAGCGGGUUACAC